GAGGAGGGGUGUCGGUGGUGGUGGUGCGGUGGUACAACAGCAUGAUUGUUCCCUUCUUCUUCAGCUUCUCCUUCAGUCGUGGAGUGGAGUUGGGAUCCAGGACAGUGCACAUAUUUCGCAGCAACAGCACCAGAGUGGCUGCAGUCCAGUCAUAGGAAGAAGGACAGAGGAGGAGUUUUGGAAAGUUAAACAUCAUCCAGCUUGACUCAUGCUCACAAAGAUCUCUUUCUCCUCAGCACUCUUCACACUCUGGUGAAGACAGACAUAGAGGUUUGGAUGCAGGUUGUAUGUUGGCUGCUGUGCCUUGGCACAGCGGGGGCACUUGGUGCGCUGCACAAGGACCAAGUGGCCCAGCACGCCAUCAAGCUUUAUCGGAGCAAGGGGGCCACACACGGCCACAGCUGGGUGGCCAGCAACUGCAAGCGGCUCGUUGGUCUCCUGCGUCAGAAGAAUGUGGUCGUCAGGAAGCUGGCAGCCGCCGCUAAUGGUGUUAGACGAGACCGGACCCUUUCAGAGCCAGAGAGGCUCUUCCAGGUUCACACUCUGGAGGUUUUCCAGAAGGAGCUGAACGAGAGCGAACACCUGGUGUUCCAGGCGGUGCACAGCCUACAGAGGGCACUGCAAGGAGACUACAAGGAUGUGGUCAACAUGAAGGAGAGCAGCAGGCAGAGGCUGGAGGCCCUCAGGGAGGCAGCCAUAAAGGAGGAACAGGAGUACGUGGAGCUGGUGGCUGCUGAGAAGCACCAGCAGGAGGCUGUGAAGAACGCUUUAACCCAGAAUAAGACUCUGUCCAUCCUCGAUGAGAUCCUGGAGGAUGUCAGGAAGGCAGCAGACCGGCUGGAAGAGGAGAUCGAGGAGCACGCCUUCGACAACAACAAACAGAUGAAAGGAGUAAAUGUAGAGGCAGUGCUGAGAGUGGAGGAUGACGAGGAGAAUGGAGGGAAGAGGAAGAACAAGUCAAAGCAAAAGGAAGUGGAGGAUGACCUCGGGCUGAGCAUGCUCAUUGACUCGCAGAACAACCAGUAUGUCCUGACCAAACCACGAGACUCUACGAUGCCCAGAGCAGACCAUCAUUUCAUCAAGGACUUGGUGUCGGUGGUGAUGCUGUCACUGCCCUGUGGUUGGAUUUGCAGCCUGGUCGGUCUCCCUCCCAUGUUUGGAUACAUCAUCUGUGGGGUCCUGCUCGGUCCCUCUGGUCUCAACAGCAUCAAGUCUAUGGUCCAGGUGGAGACUCUGGGGGAGUUGGGUGUGUUCUUCACCCUCUUUGUGGUGGGAUUGGAGUUCUCACCUGAGCGCCUUCGAAAGGUAUGGAAGACAUCAGUCCAGGGGUCGUGCUACCUGAGUCUGCUGAUGGUGGGGGCCGGUCUGUUGUGGGGACAAGUCCUGCGUAUUCGACCCACACAGACUGUCUUCAUUUCCACGUGUCUGUCCCUGUCCAGCACCCCACUCGUGUCCCGCUUCCUGGCAGGGGGGAGCAGAGGGGACAAAGAAGGUGAUCUGGACUACAGCAGCGUUCUCCUGGGGAUGUUAGUGAUGCAGGAUGUUCAGCUCGGCCUCUUCAUCGCUGUCAUGCCGACUCUGAUCCAGGCACAGAGUGGAGAAUCUGAGAGCUUCCUGUUUGGAAGUCUGCGCGUGUUGUACCUCCUGGCCCAGGUCCUGGUCUGUCUGGCUGCUGUGCUGCUGCUGUGUUUGUUAAUCAAAUCGUUCCUGAUUGGCCCGUAUUACAAGAAGCUGCAUGCUGAGAGCAAAGGCAACAAGGAGAUCCUGGUGCUGGGGAUGGCAGCCUUUGUCUUUUUCAUGCUGACGGUGACAGAGUUUUUGGAUGUUUCUAUGGAGCUGGGCUGUUUCCUGGCUGGAGCUCUGCUGUCCACACAGGGUCACAUGGUCACCGCAGAGGUCAUGGGAUGCAUCGAGCCGAUCCGAGAUUUCCUCGCCAUCAUCUUCUUUGCUUCUAUCGGUCUCCACGUGUUCCCGACAUUCGUGCUGUAUGAGCUCACCAUUCUGCUGGUGCUAACGCUCACACUCGUCAUUAUGAAAGUACAGCACUGUUCUGUUUUUGCUCUUCCUCUUCAGUUAGCUUUUGCCACACUCUCACCCCCUCCUCUUCCCACUCCUCAUUUCUUCCCAGUUCGCGAUGGCCGUACUGGUGCUGUCAGCCAUCUUGCCUCCAGGCUCUCGACACAUAAGAUGGAUCGUAUCAGCAGGUCUGGCUCAGGUCAGCGAAUUCUCCUUCGUCUUGGGCAGCCGUGCACGUCGUGCUGGAAUUAUCUCCAGAGAGGUGUACCUGCUGGUUCUCAGCGUCACCACCCUCAGUUUGCUGCUGGCACCGGUGCUGUGGAAAGUUACCACACACAGAUGGGUACCCAGGACCGAACGCAAAACUGUCACGUAACCGGACCGGCUUCAGGGCCAAAAGGUUCCCAGUGUACUGUAACUCUUACAAAGCCGACAGCGAGAAGCAGGAGUUAAGUCUUUUGUGGCGACUCAUGUUAACACACACAAUGAUAUGACGCAGCCUGUUGGACCAAAACUUCCUCUCCUCCUUCUUCUUGAUUGACAGACUCAGUCCACCACUGUCUCUCCAUGUCAAGGGCAUACAACCUGGAUCAUCCAAGUACUGGCACCUUAUACUAGGUCUUCUUUGAAAACACAUUUCACACAAAAAACAACAAUUGCAGCUGAACACCUUCACUCUUUUGGUAAAACUCAGCAAUUGUAAAGGCUCGACAUUAUCUGUGACUUUAAAGGGAAAAUUCACCACAAUCUCUGUGGAUGUCCAGUCAGUGUUGAUGGUAAAUGUAGUAGACUGAAGCAGUGAAUUCCACAGUGUGUCUUUAUUUGACAGUGAAAGCCGAGUUCCCAGCAGCAAAAUCUGUUGUUUUUCCUGCAGCCAGCACCAUCAUUUGGCGUGACAGUGACAUAGUUGGCAGCAAGGAAGAAUGAAGGUUACAAUAUUGUAACCCUAGUUCCGUUAGCAAUUGUGGAGCCCUCUGCUGGACUCUGUGGGUAAUACUCUCCUUCAACCAUGAGCAUGAUUCAGCCACUGAAAUGUGCAGAGACGUAGCCAAAGAAUCAGGACACGCCUGUACAAAUACCUGCAGACCCCGCAGUUUAUAAGGCAGUACCAGGACGUCGUCAGCUAUCCUGCACCCAAGGGGUCAACAAGCACAGGAGCGACAGGACACCAAGGUAGAGGGCUCUGCCUGUUUCUAAUAGAAUUAGAGUAAUCGUAACCUUUGCUUUGCUCUCUACUGGACUCUAUGGGUACAUUGGGUGGAGCCUGAUGAAUAAACACCCUGUUGCAACAUAACAUUGACCCAGGCACACUGAUCCUGAUAGGCUAAAGGUUAGUCACCACAGCCCAACUACUUCUUCUUCAGUGGGUAAAUAAUUGUCAUAUUGGCCGUCUACAUUUAUAUAAAUUUCAGUGGCGAAUGAGUGCUUGUGAUUGGAGAAGAGCAGCAGAACCUGCGUGAGAUAGAACAACAGGCUACUUUAGCUUGGACUUCUAGCUUCAUAAACAGAACUUUCUUGUUUGCUUGUAUUGCACACUAGCUACGUUUACAACAGCGGAAAUGGCAUCCUAAAAUAUGAGUGCAGAGGAUGUUAUGAAGAGGAUACAUUUUACAGUGUUUUGGCUGACUCGGUUAUUCAGCAGUAUUUAUUCAAGCCAGAGUAUACGGCGGAAGAGAUUAAGUAAAGAGAGGCUGAAGCGGCCAUGUGAGAGGAUAUGACCCUCCAGAACUUGAUCGCUUACUGGUGGUGCCUUUGCUCAAGUUGCUCUCCAGUGCCAACAAAAACUGAAUCAUUCUGCUGCACUAAAUUUCAGCAUGGGCAGUGUUUGUUGCAUUAUUAAUCAAAGUAAAAGCUUGAAAGUUUUACUCCUUAUUUGCACAGAGGCUAGAGACCUUCAUCAAGAUCCUGAAGAUAAACUGGAAAAGAAAAACCAGUCCAGCAGGGCCAAGAGGGCAGAUAGACAUUAAUUGACUAUGUUUGUCAACUACGUCUUCUAUGCUCUCACACAAUGCAUCCUGGCACAUGUAGGCACUGCCAGUGUGUCUCCAUGAGCAGGUAAACGCAGCUUUCUCUAUCAGUACAGCACGCACUGAGAAACUUAUGACAUUUACCAUCGACACAUAAAAGGUGGUGAAGAAUCAGUGAUUGAAAGCACACCUGCUCGACAGUUCAGUGCAGAAGCACACGUCCUUGAUAUCCUUCUAGUUCUGCUGCUUUUAAUCCACUUUCUCAUGCAUUAUGCAGAAAAACAGAAUAAUAAUUUUGUUUUCCGGUUAAAGUCAACUGAAUUCCUCUCCUUUUUAUUUUCAUCAGUUGUUGCACUUUCAAUGUUAAGUUCUUCUAAUUCCUUGUAACAAUCACGGGACCAUAUCUGAAGGUUUAACUUCAUACUGUGUCUCUUUUUUCAUGUAUGAGUAAAAUGUUUAGGUUUUAGGUUAUUGCAAAUGUCAGAUCUAAAUCCUUACUGAAGUGCAGACCUGCUGUAUUUAAUCAAUGGUACUUGUAGUUUACUGUAAUCAUUGUGCUACUGUGAAUUUAGCUGUGAGGACACUAAGCGUUACCUAAAAAUUACAACCAUUCCUUUUACAAAGACUAACCGUCUUUAUUCAUUCCUUUUUUUUUUCAAACUCUUUUCAAACUCCUGUAAACUCUGAUAUAACACACAGUAGUCAACACUAAGAAAUGGAGAUAAUGAAUUAUUAGAUAGCGGCUCACAAGAACACUGAUGUUACAUUUAAAGGAAAAUCCUGCACUAGUUACCAUUGAAUGUCAAACUUAACGUGCCUGCUCAACACUGCUCUGCACUAAAAGCGAGCACCUCUGUGGCAUCUUGUGAUGUGAACGUCCUCGUCUUAUCUUACAUAAUGUGCAAUGUGAAAGUGUAUGUGUGUAAGAGCUACAUACAUGUUAGAUUGUGUUUUAUGUCUAACAUUUUCCAGCAGUUUGUGUCUUUGUUUGUGUAGUUUACAUACUUGUGUUGUUGGCCAUGACUGUUUCGAAGGGAAUUUUUUUUAUCAAAAUGUUUCAUGUAUUUUCAAACUAUUUAGGUAAUUCAUUUAUUUAUUAAAAA